AGUCUGUUGCGUCACUGAGAUGCGCCCACUACUCUUUCACAACGUCAUCAUAUUUGCGCCGUGAUUUUGAAAUUAACACGUGUUAAUUGGCAGAGCGUUUGCAACACCAGAGUCCUGAAAAAUAUGGCCAAGAGCUUACGCAGUAAGUGGAGAAGAAAGAUGCGGGCAGAGAAGCGAAAGAAAAAUGCUCCAAAAGAACUUACUCGCCUGAAGGGUGUCCUAAAUAUAGAUGGGGAAGGGGGUAUUUUGAUGAAAGAGAUAAAGGAAAUGGCCACGGUGGUUCCUCCUAAAAAGUUGCAAGAAAAAGCACUAGAUGUGGAGAUGGAGGGAGAAGAAGAAGUUGGAUCUACGAUGGAGACUGAUGGCAAGCGAAGCAAAAAGACAAAGUUAAAUGAACAUGGGCAAUAUCCAGUAUGGAUGCAUCCCCGACAGAGGAGAAAGUUGAAGCAAAAGCGUGUAAAGCAAGGCAAAACUAAGAAGAUGAAAAAGAGGGCAUAGCAGAUGUAAUAGUCAAUAAAUACAGUAUACGCUGCUUGGAAGUACCUUUAUUUUGCGCCAGAACUUUGGAAUUCAUUUGUAGAAGACCAUUCUGCUACUCUGUUGUUGUUAGAAGCUUUAAUGUAGUAUAUUUAUGACACCAAUUUUCUUUAACUUUUUUUUCUUUGUACGGUAUGUACCUGUCAAGCUCAUUAUAGAGAGACUGUUAAAAGUCUAGAUUGGAAAUUAUAUUUUAAUUCCAGUGAUCUGACCUUGCCAAGAAAGCAUUUUAAAUAAAACUACUAUUAGGAUAAAUGAAUAAAUAUUGAUUACUUGUGUUUUUUCCUAUGCUUCAAUGCAGAGCUAUUUUGAUUCUGUGAAGUUUUCACAUAGGAUGUUGCAAUUAGUUGCUGUAUUUCAACAGAAGUUUUAUAGCUUGGUAAAAAGGACAUAUUAAUGCAGAAUGGAAACAUGUUGUAUCUUGUUACGUGUUAUAUUCAAUAUACUAAAAGGUGGGAUUGAAGUUAAAUUGAAAUGUGUGAUUUCUGUUUACUUAAUUUCUAGAUUUGUAAUAUAUGACAUUUCUUCUCAAUUGCAAAUGUGAUUUUUAAUUAUGCUGUUUAGCUGUUUGUUGCUCCAUAAUACAGAUAAUUUGACUCAUUAA